UGCCGUUAGCUACAUUAGCUGCUGUCAUACAGUCUGUCUAGUGUAGUUUCAACAAAUAUAAGUCACGGUGCUCAGUUGGAGGAGGUCGGCUAACAUAAUGUUUCGUGCCCUGUUAUGUGGAGCUGUGGUGUUCCCAGGGCUUUUCUACAGCUUCAGGAAAAUACUAAAAUACACUUUCACACAGUGGAGCGAUGCCGACGUGGUUUCUGUCAGUGAGAGGCUAGUCUCUGCCAUCCAUGCAUCUCUGGCUACUGCAGCGGGAGUCACAGUUGUGACAUCCUGCACGGACACCAUGACUGACAGCCACUGGUUGGUCAAUGGGUUCGUUGUGUUCGGAGCUCCCUACAUGGCCCAUGACAUCUACGCCAUGUAUCUGAGUCACUACCAUAUUCAGAAGGUCAAAGGUCACUCCAGGUCAGACAGCAGCCACUCUCUUCAGACAGUCAAGGCUUUCCUCAAGAAGGACUGGAUGUUGGUCCUGCAUCACCUGGUGCUGCUUCUCAUUUUCAUGCCCAUCACUCUGUUCUUCAGAAGAGGACUGGGUGAUUUCUUCAUUGGAUGCCUGUUCACCACAGAGUUCAGCACUCCUUUCGUCUCUAUAGGAAAGAUUCUCAUCCAGCUGGGCCUUGAUGACACCAGGCUGCACAGAAUCAAUGGCAUCAUUGUCCUCUUGAGUUUCUUCAUAUGCCGGAUCCUGAUCUUCCCCUUCAUGUACUGGAUGUAUGGCCGGCAGUUUGGGAUUCCCCUGCACAGAGUGGCCUUCCAUCUGCCCCUGCAGUGCAAUGUGGGUAAUCUGGCAAUCCUGGCUCCACAAAUCUACUGGUUUAUCCUUCUGCUGAGGAAAGCUAAGAGACUGUACCUGCGGCAUAAGACAGGGAAGGAAGAUGGAAACAAAGAUAGACAGAGGAGAGACUGAGGAGUCCAGCUGUUUAUAAAAUAAGAUGGUCUUACACUGAGACUGAUGAUGUGACAGAGUGUUAGGGCCACCGAAAAAAAGAGAAUAAGUAAUCAUAUUCGCUGUAAUUUUAUGAGACUAAAUAUUUUGCGGAAAAAAUGGUAAUAUUUGAGAUUUAAGUUUCAGUUUUUUUCAAAAUAUUUUGAUUUUUGUCCCCUAACUAUUGCCCUAAUACCAUCAGAGACUCUUCAACAGUUCAGAGUGCUUGUCAUGCACUCCAUCAUUAUGUAGCUUUUAUCUGUGAAUUUUGUCAGAUGUUACUCUAUAACAAAACUGUUUUUCAUCUUGUGUUGCAGAGAAUAUUUUUGUAUAAAUAAAAAAAAUAGACUCUUUAAUUAAUAAAUGUA